AUGACGACCAGCACGCUAUCGUCAUCGUCCAAGCCCCCGCGGCCCAGGUCUCCACACUUUCCACCCCACAACGCUCCACGCGUCUGGUUCAUCACCCGGGGAGUGUCGCCCAUUGCUAUCGCGUUAGCGAGACAGGUCCUCGAUCACGGCGACUAUGUGGUGGCUGGUGUCAUGCCAACUGAGUUUGAGAGAAGAGAAGGCCAAGUAGACGAUUUUCGGUUGUUCUUGCAAGACGUGAAGCAGACGGAGAGGUGGCGCGAGCACCUGAGGGUCGUUGGCCUAGACAGCAGGGUUGUCGGACAAUGCCAGGCAGCGGUUGCUGAAGCCGUGGAAGCAUUCGGACGCAUCGAUGUUCUACUAUGUGCCGCGAGCGAAGCUGUUAUUGGUGCAGUCGAAGAACUAGGUCAAAGCAUCCGGACAAAGAGCCUGGUCGACGAAAUCUUCGAGAUCAACUUCUUCGCCAAUGUCAAUAUCAUCAAAGCUGUGCUUCCCGUUAUGCGAGAACGAAAGAAUGGCCAUGUAAUUGUGCUUACUGGUAUUACUGGUCAUCUUGGCACACCAGGACUGGGCAUGUACUGUUCUUCUCAAUGGGCCAUUGAAGGCUACUGCGACAGUCUCGCCUAUGAAAUUGCUCCAUUCAAUGUCAAAAUGUCGUUAGUUCAGGCCAACAUGGAGGUAAACGUCCUCACAAACCGCAUUACAUCCGUCCCUCCCAUGCCAGAGUACCUCCAAGGCGAAAACCCAGCGCCUCUAGCCCGGGAGAUUUUCUCCAGCCUCCUAGAUAAGCUAGAGAGACUCGACAACCCUGCUGCCAACUCGUCUCACAACUUUGAUGAAACCAAAUCUCCCAGCGGAGACAGCAACAUGUCCGAAGCCGGUGCGGAUGUGGAGCCAACAAUGGGCGAUUUACUCAGUUCGGAUACAGUGACAAGCUUGUACGCGCCGCUACCCGCAGCUGUAAAGAGCAAUCUGAUUGCGGAAACGGUCCAUGCGUUGACUGCAAUUGGAGGCCAUGACAACCCUCCUGCACGCCAUAUUGUGGGCUCAGAAGGAGUUAUGGCUGUCAAAGAGAAGCUCAAGACUACGAGUGAGGAGCUAGAGGACUUUGUUCAAGUCAGUGCUGCCGUGGACAUUGUAAAGAAAGGUAAUGAUGGCGUGGGUGGAAUGGGCAUGGAUCAAGACGUGUAA